AUGGAAAAGUUGAAACACCGGAAAAGUCGGCAAAGAUGGAAAGACGCAAACUUGGAAAGCUGGAAAGACGCAAAGAUGGAAAAUUUGGGAAGAUUUUUCGCCAUCUCACGGGUGGUCUGUGGAAGAUUGUUCGAGGAUCUUGGGGGAGAUUGGGGGGGGGGGGGGAUUGAUAUACGGGUUAGUCGGGAUUUUGGUACUGAGAUGAUGGGAUGUCUUAAUGGUGGUGGAGUUAGAGGUUGUGGAGGGAAAAAUGUGAAUGGGAAUGGGAAUGUGAAUUGGGGUCUAGCUUUGGAUAGUGCUUCAUUGUUUGAAUAUGAAGACGAGGAGGGGAUGAAACGAAUAACACAAGAGAAGUUGAGAUUAGAAAAAAAAGUCGAAGAAACGGUCGAUGAGAGGGGGUAA